UAUUCUUCACAUCCUGACCAUUCUGCCCUCUCUAAGUACGAUACAUUCAUCCCAUCCCUUGCCACCCCACAGUCACAUUGGCUCGAACGACCUCAUCAUCAACGGUAUCUUGCAUGCGACGGUGCCAUUUCACCUCGCCCCAGGCAUAGCAUGCCUCUUAACCCUGUGAUUCACACCUCACCCUAGUGAAUCUCACGCACUACUGUUGUAGUCAUGGCCCAACAAAGUCAGGAGGCCAAGGGCGCCGAUCCGGACAGCAAUCAGGGUUCUGUUGAGCCCAGCGCCAUGGCAUCGACUGAGGCUUCCGACAAGGAGCUCAGUCUGGAGUUGGCUGCCGGCUAUGGCACCCGCUCUCGCAAUCGGAAUGGCAAUUCACGCAUCAAUUACGCCGAGGACCGUGACUAUGACGCGGAAAUGUAUGACUACGAUCACACGGACGCCAAAAAGUCGGCGCGCCAGACGCAGGCUGCUGGCCAGGGCGAUCGCGGUAACGCGACCUCGCGCAAGGCGCUGGGCGAGGAUGCGAAAACAGCUGCACCCCAAAACGGGUCCAAAGAGCAGACACCCAGCCGACAAAACACGUCGCAAUCAAAGGAACAGACGACGGCCACGACGCAGCCGUCGAGGAAGCGCAAGGCUGCGACUGCGGCGCAACAGGCAUCCAGCACCGGUGGUAGCACGCCAGCUGGCGCCACCACGUCCAAGCGAGCAGCCCCGUCCGCACAAAAUUCAGCGACAACGUUUCCGUGGCCCGAAACCAACAUACUAUCUUUUUCAAAUACUGAGGCACGCCUGCAGCAAGGCGACCGACUGGUCGCUGACGAUGGGACAACUUUGGAGGCAAAUGACCAGGUCUACUUGGUGUGCGAGCCAGCUGGCGAGCCAUACUACCUUGCUCGCAUCAUGGAGUUCCUCCACGUUGACGGCAACAAGACCAACCCGGUGCAUUCUAUCAAAGUCAAUUGGUUCUACCGGCCCAAGGAUAUUGGCCGUCGAUAUGACGAUAUGCGGCUGGUAUUUGCGACGAUGCACUCCGAUACCCAGUUCUUGACCUCGCUCCGCGGCAAAUGUCGCAUCCUUCAUCGUGCGGAAAUCAGCAAUCUGGACGACUAUCGACGCACGCCCGACUGCUUCUGGUAUGAGAAACUCUAUGACAGAUACAUCCAGAAGAACUACGACCUGAUCCCGACGUCCCAAAUCGUCAACGUGCCCGACAAGGUCAAGAAGGUGCUGGAUGAGCGCUGGCGGUUUGUGCUAGUCGAGCAGGGGCGUGGCAAGGAGCUCACUAGCGCCGUCAAGACAUGCAAGCGUUGCUCCAACUAUUGCGCAAGCAAUAACUCGGUGGAUUGCGCCGUGUGUCAUAAAACGUACCACAUGGAGUGCGUCCGGCCACCCUUACUCAAGAAGCCGUCCCGUGGGUUUGGCUGGUCAUGUGCCGCGUGCAGUCGUAAGCAGGAAAUUGCACUCGAGGCUCGACACACGCCAAAUCUGUACGGCGACGCCGAGGAAGAAGAGCACUUGGAAGAGGAAGAAGAAGACAUCCAAGCGGCUGGUUCGGAUCGCUCGACCUCUGUGGACGCAAAUGAAGACGCACCCCACGAGGCGACCGCGGAGCAAGUCCACAAUGCCAAGUUAUGGCCAUGGCGGUACCUCGGCAUACAUUGCAAGGUCGAGGAUGUGCUGGACUACGAUGACCGUAUCCAUCCCCGCGCCGGCACCAGAAUUGGACCUCGCCAUCAGGCAGUGGUUUUGCCUUGGCCCGGGAGGCCAGUUCAGUACGUGAAACCACCCGAGAAGAAGAAAGGCAAGAAAGGCGCUGCUGCCGCCGCAGCAGCCGCCGCGAUUAUUCCUGCCGCUGAGCAGUACCCCAAUGGACAACGGCCAGCAUGGGUACAGGACAUGCCGCCAGGGUACAUCACGCGAGGUCAAGAUCCAGUCGAUCCAAACGACCCGAAUGCAUCUGCAAAGCUCAUUUGGAAACCGCCACCAGAGGGCGAUGUCGACGGCAAAAUCAAGAAAUUUGUCGAGGAGGCCAGAACCAUGGCCAAAAGCCUCGGGUUACCAGAGAGGUCGACCAACGUGCAGGACGUGGCCUUGGAGCAUCUGUACCGAAAGGACUAUUCGCCAGAAAAAGCGAAGAAAGCCCUUGCUGCCACACCAAAGGCCGACUUCAACGAGCCGUUACCCACAGCGACUGAACAGAAGAAGUUUGACGAGGCCAUUGGCAAGUACGGUUCAGAGCUUUGGUCUGUAAAGAGGCAUGUUAAGACCAUGACACCCGGCCACAUCACUCGGUACUACUACACCUGGAAGAAGACCGACCGAGGCCAGGCCAUCUGGAGCAACGUCACGGGGCGAAAGGCCAAGAAGGAAGCCAAGCAAGCUGCUGUGGCAGCCCACAAGCUAGCCGACGAUGUUGCCGACGCAGAGGAUGACUCUGCCUUCGAUUCCGGUAAAGCGUCCGAGAUGAAGAAGAACUUCAUGUGUCAAUUCUGCCACUCUACUUCCUCCCGGCGCUGGCGACGCGCGCCCAACGCUGCGGCUGGUCUCGUCAAUGAGAAUGGCGUCAAGGCGACGAGCAAAGACAAAGGCACGCAGUAUCUCCAAGCACUCUGCACUCGUUGCGCCGAAUUGUGGAGGCGUUAUGCGAUCAGGUGGGAAGAUUACGAGGAGCUCGCCAAAAAGGCCGGCGCGACCGGGAACAAGGCUUGGAAGCGCAAGCUCGAUGAAGAAUUCGUCAAGGAACUUGAAGCUGCGAGCUCUCGGGGCAUUGCCACGCCUGAUCGACCGGAAAGCCCUGUCCACAAUGCCGUCAAUGGCUCCGAGCCGCCUAGGAAAAAGCUCAAGAGCAAUGACAAGGAAACGGACUCUGACGGUGGCGGUGGCACAGGCGUCGCAAAGAAGAAGGAGAAGGUCGUCCCCGAGGAGCCUGUCAUUCCUCCGAUGCCCCAACCUCGCACACUGCCGUGCGCCAUCUGCGAUCAGCUUGAGCCUCUUUCCGACCACGUUGCGUGUCGCGAGUGUCGGCUCUCCGUUCACCGCCAGUGCUACGGCGUUGUGGACGGUCGGAACGCCGGCAAAUGGACCUGCGACAUGUGCGUCAACGACAGAAACCCGCAAGUGUCGACGUCCUACAGAUGCGUGCUCUGUCCAGUGGAGCAUACCGAACAUGAGUUGAUCGAGCAACCAAAGCUGACACACCACAAGAAGAAGAUGUCAGACAAGGACCGCGAAAGGGAGAAGCUCGAGGUGCAGCAGGCACGCAAAGCGCUGGAGCUGUACCGAAAACAGCAGGAAGAGCUCAACCGCCCUCUUGGGCCACGGGAACCUCUCAAGCGGACUGCCGACAACAACUGGGUGCACGUAACGUGCGCAGUGUUCACCCCCGAGGUCAAAUUUGGGAACGCCAAGGCUAUGGAGCCCUCGGAAGGGAUCCCUUCCAUCGCACGCACCAGGUAUGAAGAAACAUGCAGCGCCUGCAACAUCCCGUCCGGUGCUUGCGUGGGCUGCAUGAUUUGCAAGGCUUCAUAUCACGUUGAGUGUGCGCACAAGCAAGGGCACCAGCUUGGCUUCGAGCUGCUGCCUGUGAAAGGGUCACGCAGAGACCAGUCCCUUCUCGUUACCAUCGACGGUGUAGCUGGGGUACUGUCGCCCGGCCUCUGCUGCAAGGAUCACCCCCCGGCCAAGACGAACGCGCUCACCCAUCAAAUGCACGGUCGGACUGAUAAUCCUGCGCUGAGCGUGAUACAACUCUACGUCCAGACAUACAAACAAGCGGACUUGACCUUGACGGGAACUGUACGCAAAGCCAACACGGUGACCAUGGCGGCCAAGAUAUCCGCCACGGCUCUCCAACCAGGACUCCGACGGCUUUCGACCACGACGACGACUGUGGGCAACGGCGCGACUGGCCAGCGCACCGGAGUUGCCCCUGACAUCCCGACAGACGAGAAGGCUGGCGACAAGGUGUGCAUCAGUUGCGGAGUCGACACAAGCCCCCGAUGGUGGCCUAUCGACGCUGCGACCAGAGCUGGAGGCCGAGGUCCCUUCCAUACCAUGUUGAACGGUGUUCACUUGGGCGAGGAGGCAGAGAAAUAUGCUUCUCAACGGACAGUGCAGUGUCACAAAUGCCACGCCGCCAAGAUUCCAAUGCGGCCCAAGUCGCCUGUUGCCCUCUUGUCUCAGCCACCGCGUCCAACGCCGAGAACUGAGCUCCCUGAGGCGGGCAUUGUUGCUGCGUCAGCUGUCGCACUCCGCAGUCCCGAGAGACAGCCACACAAUGUCGAGAGCAGAGAACCCCGUUCGGUCGUCCAAGGGUGGCUGCAGCCCGCGUCUUUAUCGUCCGUUCUGCAGCCCGUACAGGCGGCGCAUGCUCCUGUGCAGACACACUUGAACGGGCCUCACCGGCCUGCUCACGCACACCCUGGGUACUCUCCAGUCUCGGCCCACGGGCCACCCCCAGUCGGCGUGCCAUCGCAACCCCUCCAGGCCCCCCAAGCGCCUUCGUAUCAUGACUGGCCACCGCGCCCUCAGAGCCAACAUGGCUCGCCACCAAGGCGUCUGAGUGGUCCGGCGGCUGGCGCGCCUCCUGUUGGGAACAUGUCUGCACUUCGACCGCCAAGUCUGGGAGGUCCUUCACCACCAGGUCCACUGCCGAUGGGCCAUCAUCACGGUCCUGCGCACAGCUCCCUGCCUUUCACCAACGGAGUCCCUGCAUCUCCCCGCCGCGGAUCAGGGGCAGCGCCGCCCUCGCCCUAUGCUGGGACAUUCGCUGUGAGCUCCUCACACGGGCCGCCACCCGGUCCCAUUCCACCCAUGGGGCCACAUCACACGUUGACAAACGGCAUACCGCCCCCUCGGAAUGGACCGUAUACAUCGAGUAUGUCGCCUCGUCAAGGACCAUAUCCCGCGCCCAUGGGUAGCCCUGUGAGGACAAUGGCAGGGCCAGCACGCCACGCCCACACAGUGUCAAGUGGAUCGAACGGCUCCCGCCACGAGAGCGACGGAAGGCCUACUAGUGGUGCAAGUGCCAACCCAUCGUUACGCAAUCUUCUGUCUUGAAGAAGCGGGUGGACGCAGCGUACGUUUGGCCUUCUUACUGAAUGUGGCAUCUAAACUUGGAUAUCUUGCUACUGCAUGGUUGCACGAGGUGUGCAAAGGCGUUUUUGAUUGGGCAUUUACAACGAAAAGGAAUACAUGGAGCGUGUACCUGUAUGGGAACGAGGCGUGCUUUUGGAAGCGACCGUCCAGGCGACAGGAGUCCUUUGUAAGCCUUUGGCGCAAGAAGUCUUGAUGGAAAGCAAGACAAAUGUGUUAGAAUCAAGGCAUUAAUACUAUUAUAGCUACGAACAACUAUUCAAAGACGUGUCUUUUGUGUUACUCAUUUAGAUUCUCUGUGCAGGAGGUCCUCGUCUCCUCGAUUAUCGUCCGUCAGGGACAGGGAGGUGCUCGUGGCUACUCAGCAGGAGCG